AUGUUUGCUAGUUUUCCCAUGCCGCAGCCGCAGGUGCUGGCGGCAAGUGCGGCAAUGGGCGGUGAACGCGUCUUGGCGAGGCGCCCUCGCGGCGGGCACGGGGAAGGGGCGGGUGGCGAAGUAGAGGCGCGGCUGCAGCGUAGAAGAUUUGCCGAAGCCUUGGGGGGCACAGGCUUCCUCCUAGAGAGGUUCGCCAUCGGGCGAAGCAGGUGUGGGGAAUGUGCGGGGCGGGCCGCGACGGGGGGGCGAGCGCCGCGGUGCCUCCGGCUUCUUGGCUGGGCCCGGUGGGGUGCUCGUCCCGGUGUUUUUUUUUUCGCACAAAGGUGCCGUUGGGCCGAUGGCCCACAGAGCUGGUGGCGUGAGCGGUGUGGGCGCUCCCCGAGCCCGCGGCCAAGAGCCUAA